UUGAAGUGUUCCAAACUGGCUCGAAAUGCAUAGAUAUCGAACAAGUUUCGACUAAUUUUUUAAUCCUUGUGAAGUGAACGCUUUUGUCGUUCUUAUGAUACAUAUAUAAGAUCAGCAGAAUCACGGUUUAGGUAUCAGUAGGUACGUUGUCAGUUCAGCAGAUCAACCUCUAAAGUGCCAUAGAAAAAUGACCCUAAAACUUGUUUUAUUGAUGGCGGUUCUGAGCGGCUCAGCAUUAGCCGUCCCCAUUCUGAGCGACGGUUUGGGAUUGUCCCUUGGACAUGGACCCAUAGUGACUCUUGGGCAUGGAUCGGGCCUGGUUGGGCACCAAGCAGUGGAUUACUACGCGCCUCCCCAAUACGACUUUGCAUAUGGAGUAAGUGAUCUUCACACUGGAGAUAACAAGCAGCAGAAGGAAAUUCGUCACGGCGACGUCGUCCAAGGAGAGUAUUCACUUAAAGAAGCUGAUGGCACCAUUCGGACGGUGAAAUACACGGCCGAUGACCACAACGGGUUCAACGCAGUGGUUCUUCGGCAAGGCCAUGCUUUGCAUCCUACAGUUCUUCAGCAUGGAGCAUUAGGAGUAGCUCUGCAUUAGGCCCAAACGACUCAACAUUGACUGACUUCCCCUAAAGCUUCUGUUACCUGGAUCAUGAUCAUUUCUACUCAUUAUCAAACAGUGUUGCUCAUCAGUAUAAAACAUGUAGAUUUUUAGUGUAGUUUUUUGUAUGUAACGGUGUAUAUAAUAAAUAAGAAAUGGCUUAUUGCUGA